ACUUCACUUUCUGAUUCUCUCUUCUGCUACCCCUAAAAGCUUCGUUAAUUGAGUUUCAGAUCUCAAAAAUAUACUCUAAACCUCAAGUAAACGCAAAUCCCAGCUAAACCCAAGAGGCAAAACGAGAAAAAAAUUCAUCUUUUCCAUUAAAAACGUCAUUUUUGUUUGUGCUUUGUGUGUUUUUACCCCCCCUCUUUUCGAUUUUUCAUUAAUGCAUAAGAAAAUGGCGUUUUCGUUCCCAGAUGAGGUGCUGGAGCACGUAUUCUCGUUCAUACAAUCAGAUAAAGACAGGAACUCGGUAUCGAUGGUGUGUAAAUCGUGGUACGAGAUCGAACGUUAUUGUCGAAGGAAAGUAUUCGUGGGGAACUGUUACGCUGUGAGCCCUAGGAUGGUGAUCAGACGGUUCCCGGAGUUUAGAUCCAUUGAGCUGAAAGGGAAACCGCACUUCGCCGACUUCAAUCUGGUGCCCGACGGAUGGGGAGGUUAUGUGUUCCCCUGGAUCGCCGAGAUGGCCGGCGCUCUCCCUUGGCUCGAAGAGAUUAAACUUAAACGGAUGGUCGUUACCGACGAAAGUUUGGAGCUUAUUGCUAAGUCAUUUAAGAACUUCAAAGUGUUGGUUCUUUCUUCUUGUGAAGGGUUUUCAACUGAUGGGCUUGCUGCCAUUGCUGCUACUUGCAAGAAUCUGAAAGAGCUGGACUUGCGAGACUGUGAAGGGGACGAUUUGGGUUGGCAUUGGCUCAGUUAUUUUCCCGACACAUACACGUCACUUGUGUCUCUCAAUAUUUCUUGCUUAGGAUCCGAUGAAGUUAGUUUCUCUGCCUUGGAGCGCCUGGUGGGUAGAUGUACCAACCUUAGGACACUUCGGCUCAACCGUGCGGUGCCCCUGGAUAAGAUCGCCAACAUUCUACGUCAUGCGCCGCAGCUGGUUGAAUUCGGCACUGGUAGCUACACGGCUGAUCUACGGCCGGACAUCUACUCGGAUUUGGCUGGAGCAUUUUCUAGUUGCAAGGAGCUAAAGAGCUUGUCUGGGUUUUGGGAUGUGGUUCCAGCUUACCUUCCAGCCAUUUACCCUGUCUGCUCUAAAUUAACAUCACUCAACUUGAGCUAUGCUACGCUUCAAAGUUCUGAUCUUAUCAAGCUUGUAAGCCACUGUCCGAAUUUGCAACGCCUAUUGGUACUUGAUUACAUUGAAGAUAGUGGCCUUGAAGCACUCGCAUCUAUUUGCAAUGAUUUGCAAGAAUUACGUGUGUUUCCAUCUGAUCCAUUUGGUGUAGAGCCAAAUGUGUCCUUGACGGAACAGGGCCUUGUUGCUGUAUCUUCAGGUUGUCCUAAGCUACAGUCAGUUCUGUACUUCUGCCGUCAAAUGUCUAAUGAGGCAUUAGUCACGAUUGCCAAGAACCGUCCGAAUUUCACACGUUUUCGUCUUUGUAUAAUUGAGCCUACAACAGCUGAUUACCUUACCCUCGAGCCACUUGAUGUUGGUUUUGGAGCCAUUGUUCAGUACUGCAAGGAUCUCCAGCGUCUUUCCCUCUCUGGUCUCCUUACAGAUCGUGUGUUCGAAUAUAUUGGGACGUAUGCGAAAAAGCUCGAGAUGCUGUCUAUAGCUUUUGCGGGAGAUGGUGAUUUGGGACUCCACCAUGUGCUUUCUGGGUGUGAAAGCCUCCGGAAACUAGAGAUUAGGGACUGCCCCUUUGGCGACAAGGCACUUUUGGCCAAUGCUGAAAAGCUGGAGACAAUGCGAUCCCUUUGGAUGUCUUCUUGCGCCGUGAGCUUCGGAGCAUGUAAGCUGCUAGGUCAGAAGAUGCCGAGGUUGAAUGUAGAAGUUAUAGAUGAGAGGGGACCUCCGGAUUCAAGACCAGAAAGCUGCCCUGUUGAUAAGCUCUACAUAUAUAGAACCCUUGUUGGGCCAAGGUUCGACAUGCCUCCAUUUGUUUGGACAAUGGAAGACGAUCCUUCAUUGCAGCAGCUCUCUCGAGCAAAUCUCAUGUGAAUUUCGCGGCUCAUUCGGUCACGAGAGUGAAUGUACCAGGUACACAUGCCCCUUGUGUUACUCAUUGUUCCCGCUUUAGUUUUAUGCAGCUUGAUAUAAUUGCGACAGACCUGAUUGAAGUGGGAACAUAAAUAUGGAGGCUCAAGAUCUUGAUCGGCAUUCGGUUCACUCUCGGCUGAGCUAUCGACGGUCGAGUACGACGUAAAUGAUUAAUUAAAAGAUGGAAACACAGGUGAUUGUGAAUGGAGCAAAGGUUUUAUUUGUUUCAAGAAUAGUUGACGUCUUUGAAAAGACGAUAGGAGUAUAUGGUGUCUUCAAGUUCUGGUCGAAUUACCAUGGCUAGCCUCUUCUUUAUUCUCUUCUCCUUCACUGCUGCAGUCUCUCUCUGCCUUCCUUUCUGUUGCACAUUCAGGUUUAAGGUAACGAAGAAGGUGAAGAGUUUGAAGAUAUCGUAUAGUUCGGACAUCUUUCGAUGUUCGCUGUAACUUUUACUCCAUUUUAAGAAAUAAUUUUUCUCUUAUCCUAUAUCAGCCAUUUCUUUUUCGAAGCCCUAUCGGAACAAAUUUGCUAGCAAUUGAGGGAAGGAAGAAACAGAA